AUGGAUACAUACAUUGAUGGUCGCUUUGAGCGGCUUGAAAAGGCUCUCGCGAACUUGAUUGACUCGGUGUCGAAGUACCAUCCUUCCACAACACAGGGUGAUGAGCUGAACGCGGCGGACAAAGAGUUGAGUAAAGGCUUGGAAGAAGUGCAAACUCAUCAGAACAAUUAUCUUCGUAUUCAGCAACUGCGCGAAUCUUCAGCGGCUCUCGAUGCCCAGAUCCGCGAAAUCAUCUCCAAUCUCGCAACCACCCGCAAGGAUAUCGUGACCACACACACCACUACCUUUCCUGCUGGACCUAGUUAUGCGAUCGCCUACGAAGAAUUGCUCAAAUAUGCACGACGUAUCAGUAAAACGACCAUGCCUCCUGCGGGUACCAUCAAGGCUGUGCCACCCACGCCAGAUGGCCCAGACGGUCAAACGCCAGGAGUUCAGACACCAGGACCCGAUUCGCAAACAGCGUCUGUCAUGACACCCUCCGCGCCUCCAUCUUCUCAGGUUCAGAGCCCAGCAGUUAUGAAUGGUGGUACACCACAAGUCUCACAGGAACCUGCAACCCAACAGUCAGCUCUAUCCGCCAACACCAUCCUCCCCAAUGAGUGGACACAGUUCCUAAACCCCCUGACCGAUCAGGUCUUCCUUCCGUGGCCAAACGAUCUUCAAAUUGGCGCUGGCGCAUUGGCCUCAAACCAAGUCCUCCUGGAGCAGGGCAUCAACCCCAAGGGCUACGAUCCCGCAGAGGAAGAAGAGCGCAAGCGUCGUGAGGAAGAAGAGAGGAAGCAGAAGGAAGAGGAGGACCGUAUUGCCCAGGAAGAACGCGAGAAGAAGAUCCGCGAGGAACGCGAGCGCCAGCGCAUCGAGAGGGAACGCCAGAGAGAGAAGGACCAAGAAGCUUGGAGACGCGCAAGUCUGGUUGGUGGCCCUUCAGCUGUCCCUGGCGAGCAAAGGAGUCCUACGGGACCUCCGCCCCAAAAGGCCCAGUUCCAGUUCACCAACUUGGAUGAUUUGGACGACGAUGAUGACGAUGACUGA